GGAAGUGGUCCCACCGUGAACGAACAGUCACCAUAUCGCUAAGGCAAGGGUGACAAGCAGUGAGGAUUUCCAACUAAUGCUUUCAAUUGUAUUUUUUGGACAAAAAACCCAAUAGAAAAACACAGCAGGGCUGAAGGAUCCAGUCACAGUUCCUGCCACUUCCUAUUUGUACAGAGGUCUUUUUCCCGUUUAGAUGUGGGGAAGCACCAGCUGUUAAAUGACAGUAUUGUAUCAUGAAGCCCAGAUUAAGCUUGUGUUUAUCCAGAAAGCCUCAAUCACUACCUUGAACUUGUGGUAGGAAGUGGAGAAUGAAAUGAGAUAAAUUGAGCUACUGGAGGAGCCCAGCCCCUUACCUCCAACUCUUUGAAGAAUGGCAGGCUUACAGCUCGUUACCCCUGCUACUUCACCCAUGGGGCCUUUCUUUGGUCUGCCAUGGCAGCAGGAGGCCAUACAUGAUAACAUCUACACACCUAGGAAAUAUCAGGUAGAACUUCUGGAAGCAGCUCUUGAACAUAAUACUAUUGUCUGCUUGAAUUCUGGCUCAGGGAAGACCUUUAUUGCAGUACUUCUAACAAAAGAGCUCUCCCACCAAAUCCGUGGAAGUUAUCUAGGAAAUGCUAAGAGGACUGUUUUUCUGGUGAACACAGCUUCAACUGCAAUUCAGCAAGCGGCUGCUAUUAGGACUCACUCUGACCUCCAGGUGGGAGAGUACUCUGAUUUGGGGGAAACAUCAGCAUGGACUGACCAACAGUGGAGUCAAGAAAUUACUGAGAAUCAGGUGCUGGUUAUGACUUGCCACAUAUUUCUGCAUGUUCUGAGGAACAAAAUCUUAUUAUUGUCUAAAAUCAACUUGGUGGUUUUUGAUGACUGUCACCUGGCCAUCACAAACCAUCCCUACUGUGAGAUCAUGAAGCUGUUUGAAGGCUGCUCGUGCACUCCUCGUGUCCUGGGGCUCACCGCUUCUAUUUUAAAUGGAAAAUGUGAACCCUCAGAGUUGGAGCGGAAGAUUUUGAAUCUGGAGAGGAUCCUGAAGAGCAACGCUGAAACUGCCACAGACCUUGUGGUCCUGGACAGAUAUGCCUCUCAGCCAAGAGAGGUAGUGCUGGACUGUGGACCCUAUGUGGAUAAGAGUGGUCUUUCCUCCCAACUGCAGCUGGAGCUGGAUGAAGCUCUCCACUUUCUAAAUGACUGCAACAUACCCGUCACCAGAGAGGACCGAGAUCCUGCAUUCAUCUCCAAACAGAUCCUGAGUGACUGCCGGGCUGUGCUUCUGGUGCUGGGGCCCUGGUGUGCAGACAAGGCAGCGGGUAUCAUGGUGCGGGAGCUUCAGAAGUAUAUUAAACAUGAGCAGGAAGAGCUCAACCGUAAGUUCCUGCUCUUCACCGACACCACUCUGCGCAAAGUGCACGCCCUCUGUGAGGAGCACUUCUCCCCUGCCGCACUGGACCUCAAGUUUGUCACCCCGAAGGUUCUCCGGCUGCUCGAGAUCCUGCACGAAUACAAGCCAUUUGAGCGGCAGCAGUUUGAAAGCGUAGAGUGGUACAACAACCGUAACCAGGACAACUAUGUGUCCUGGAGUGACUCGGAGGAUGAAGAUGAAGAUGAGGAGGUGGAGUCCAAAGAGAGACCUGAAGCCAACUUUCCCUCACCUUUCACCAACAUCCUGUGUGGCAUCAUCUUUGUGGAGAGGCGUUACACAGCUGUUGUCCUCAAUCGUCUUAUUAAAGAGGCAGGAAAGCAGGACCCAGAACUGGCUUACAUCAGCAGCAACUUCAUCACCGGCCACAGCAUCAGCAAAAACCAGCCACGGAACAAACAGAUGGAAGUGGAAUUUAGGAAACAAGAAGAGGUUCUUCGCAAAUUUCGGGCUCAUGAAACCAACCUCCUCAUUGCCACAAGCAUUGUGGAGGAAGGUGUGGAUAUUCCAAAGUGUAACUUGGUAGUGCGUUUUGACCUGCCCACAGAGUACAGGUCCUAUGUCCAGUCCAAAGGCAGAGCUCGGGCACCGGUCUCCAACUAUAUCAUGCUGGCUGACACCGAGAGGACCCAAGCCUUCAAGGAAGAUCUCACCACAUACAAGGCCAUAGAGAAGAUCCUGAGGAACAAAUGUUCCAAGUCAGUGGAGGUGAGUGAGUUUGAAGUGGAGCAGGUGCUGGAUGAUGACAACAUUCUUCCACCCUAUGUACUUCGAUCUGAGGAUGGCGGUCCUCGAGUCACCAUUAACACAGCCAUUGGACACAUUAACAGGUAUUGUGCUCGGCUGCCCAGUGACCCAUUUACCCACUUGGCACCCAAAUGUAAAACUAAGGAGAUUAAGUCUGGAUGCUUCCAGUCUACACUCUACUUGCCCAUCAACUCCCCUCUGCGAGUUCCUGUUAAGGGUCCGACAAUGACCUGCGCCAGACUGGCAGAGAAAGCUGUUGCACUACUUUGCUGCGAGAAACUCCACAAAUCAGGUGAGCUGGAUGAUCACCUGAUGCCAGUGGGGAAAGAGACCGUCAAGUAUGAGGAGGAACUGGACCUUCAUGAUGAAGAGGAGACCAGCGUUCCAGGACGCCCUGGUUCUACCAAGAGGAGGCAGUGUUAUCCAAAAGCUAUACCUGAGUGUCUGAGGGACAGUUAUGCCAUAUUAGGGCAUACAUACUAUCUGUAUGUGAUUGGCAUGGUCCUCACCACGCCACUCCCAGAUGAACUGAAUUUCCGCAGGAGGAAGCUCUACCCACCGGAGGACACCACCAGGUGCUUCGGUAUCCUGACUGCCAAACCCAUACCUCGAAUCCCCUAUUUCCCUGUGUACACUCGCUCGGGUGAGGUGACGAUCUCCAUUGAGCUUCAAAAGUCUGGGUUCACACUCACCACCACCCAGCUGGACCUCAUCACCCGCCUGCACCAGUACAUCUUUUCCCACAUCCUCCGCCUGGAGAAACCUGCACUGGAGUUCAAGCCCACGCUGGCUGACUCGGCUUAUUGUGUUCUACCUCUGAAUGUUGUUGGGGACUCCGACACUCUUGAUAUGGAUUUUAAGUUCAUGGAGGAUAUAGAGAAGUCUGAGGCCCGCACUGGCAUUCCUACCACUCAGUACACCAAGCAGAACCCCUUCACCUUCAAGUUGGAGGACUAUCAGGAUGCCGUCAUCAUUCCAAGGUACCGUAACUUCGACCAGCCUCAUCGCUUCUAUGUGGCCGAUGUGUACACAGACCUUACGCCUCUCAGCAAGUUUCCUUCACCCGAAUAUGAGACAUUUGCUGAAUAUUACAAAACCAAGUACAACCUGGACCUGUCCAACCUGAACCAGCCACUACUGGAUGUAGAUCACACCUCCUCCAGACUGAACCUGUUGACCCCUCGCCACCUGAACCAGAAGGGCAAAGCCCUACCGCUGAGCAGUGCAGAGAAGAGGAAGGCCAAGUGGGAGAGUCUGCAGAACAAACAGAUCCUGGUUCCAGAGCUGUGUGCCAUCCACCCCAUCCCUGCCUCCCUGUGGAGGAAGGCAGUGUGUCUGCCCAGCAUCCUCUACCGCCUCCACUGCCUCCUGACUGCUGAGGAGCUGAGAGCCCAGACAGCCAGUGAAGCUGGAGUGGGAGCUCAAACCCUCCCUCCUGAAUUCAGGUAUCCAAACCUGGACUUCGGCUGGAAGAGAUCUAUUGACAGUAAGACAUUCAUCUCCUGUCCUGAGUCCUGUAAUGAGGAUAGUGAGGAUAAUGAGGGUCACUGCACACACCAGACUACAACCCCUGACACCAGUAACCUAACACAACUCGGCAGUCCCCACUCUUCUGUACCUGAGCAUGGACCUGGUGAUGCCACCUGCACCAGAAAACUCACUAAUGGCACUGCCCCCGUCGCAGACUGUGAAGAAGGCAGCCAUAAAGACGAGCACCUUCACCAACACGAUAAUUGCCAACGCUCCCAGCCCAAGUUACCUGCGCUGGAGAGCCCCCAAUCAAUGCAAACCACUACCUCAAUUCCUGUACAGCCCUCAGACAGCUUGAAUAAGCCCAGCUCCAGUCCUCCACCGCCUAGUGACACAUGCACACCAGAGAGGACCUCAAUCCACACAAAUAAAGCUACCUCAGUCUGCAGCAAGGCAGCCACAGGUUCCCAUGCUCCCACAGCACCUUCCACUGACCCUGCCCCCCAGCACAAAGCCCAGACAGGGGACUCCUCCAAAAGUCUGGGACCCAACCCAGGCCUAAUCUUGCAGGCCUUGACCCUAUCAAAUGCAAGUGACGGCUUCAAUCUGGAACGACUGGAGAUGCUUGGCGAUUCCUUUCUUAAGCACGCGAUCACCACAUACCUGUUCUGUACCUACCCUGACGCUCAUGAGGGACGACUCAGCUAUAUGCGCAGCAAGAAGGUGAGCAACUGUAACCUGUAUCGUCUGGGGAAGAAGAAAGGCCUCCCAAGCAGGAUGGUGGUGUCCAUCUUUGAUCCCCCUGUUAACUGGCUGCCUCCUGGUUAUGUGGUCAACCAGGACAAAAGCUCUGACAAACCGGAUUCAUCGGACAAAGAAGAGCUUUUGGCCAAUGGGCAGUCGGACAACGUCUAUGACGAGGAUGAUGAGGAGGGAGAGGAGGUAGACGAGGACGGUGAUGUGAUGCUCAAGGAUGAGCCAAAAGAUGACGUCAACAUGGAAGACGAUCUGGAAUACUACAAGGAGCACAUUAAAUUCAUCGAUAACAUGUUGUUGGGAUCUGGCGCCUUUGCUAAGAAGAUCUCUUUGAAUGCUUUCCCUCCCUCUCCCACUCCGGCCUCGUGUUCCUCACCCUCUAUGGAGUCUCCAUACGAGUGGAAGGCCCCCAAGAAGCCCCUCCAUCCCACCUCAGCCCACUUCCCCUCAGAGCCAGCAUCCAGUGGGCCAUCAGUGGAGGAGUUUGACUACAGCUCGUGGGAUGCCAUGUGCUACCUGGACCCCAGCAAGGCUGGAGAGGAGGAUGACUUUGUGGUGGGGUUCUGGAAUCCAUCGGAGGAGAACUGUGGAGUUGAGCUCGGCAAGCAGUCGAUCUCCUAUGACCUGCACACAGAGCAGUGCAUUGCAGACAAAAGCAUUGCUGACUGUGUGGAGGCUUUGCUUGGUUGCUACCUGACCAGCUGUGGAGAGAGAGCAGCCCAAAUGUUCCUUUGCUCAUUGGGCCUCAAGGUGUUACCAGUGGAGAAAGGGGCCCUAAUCAGAGCUCUGGUACAGAACUGUCUGACCAUAGCCACUGAUCUUUGCUAUGGCUGGUUAAAGAUUCCACCCCGUUGCAUGCUAGCCCAUCCAGACGCAGAGCGGACUCUCAACCACCUCAUUUCUGGCUUCGAGAACUUUGAAAGAAAGAUCAACUACACCUUUCAGAACAAGGCUUACCUUCUGCAAGCCUUCACCCAUGCUUCCUACCAUUACAACACAAUCACAGAUUGUUACCAGCGGCUGGAGUUCCUUGGUGAUGCAAUUCUUGACUACCUCAUAACAAAGCACCUUUAUGAAGACCCACGGCAGCACUCUCCUGGUGUACUGACCGAUCUGCGCUCCGCACUCGUCAACAACACCAUCUUUGCCUCUCUGGCUGUCAAAUAUGACUACCACAAGUACUUCAAGGCCAUCUCACCUGAGCUUUUCCGUGUCAUUGAUGACUUUGUGCAGUUUCAGCUGGAGAAGGAUGAGAUGCAAGGCAUGGACUCUGAGCUGCGGCGCUCUGAGGAAGAUGAGGAGAAGGAGGAGGACAUAGAGGUUCCUAAGGCCAUGGGUGAUAUCUUUGAGUCGCUGGCUGGAGCAGUUUACAUGGACAGCAAGAUGUCACUGGAGACAGUGUGGCAAGUGUACUAUCCAAUGAUGAGGCCACUUAUAGAGAAAUUCUCUGCCAACGUGCCACGCUCUCCUGUGAGAGAGCUGCUCGAGAUGGAACCAGAAACUGCCAAGUUCAGCCCUGCAGAGAGAACCUAUGAUGGGAAGGUGCGGGUAACGGUGGAGGUCGUUGGUAAGGGCAAGUUUAAAGGAGUUGGUCGCAGCUACCGGAUCGCCAAGUCUGCAGCGGCACGCCGAGCUCUGCGCAGCCUCAAAGCCAAUCAACCUCAGGUCCAAAACAACUGAGCUCCUCCUCCGAGCUCUCAGCAUUAGCACCUAAGCUAUUGAUGCUUCAGAAGAAAAAGAAAUGUUGUAGGCUUCCUUACAAGAUGUCAAUGCUAGCUCCUGUAUCUCCGGCCUGCUAUGGCACAACCCAAGACAACCAGGAUUAUGGUUUGAAGAUGCAACGAAAGAAGCAACUGAUCUCACAGUGAAUUUCACAUUGGAUCUUUUUACCCCCCCCACUUCACCUUUCUUCUUUUUCUUUUGCGCAAACACAAUCUUUCCUUUCCCUAUGUGUUUUGUUUAAUCACAUGAGUGCUUUAUUAACAUUUAGCUAAGUGGGUUAUUUUUUUUUUUAAAAGGUCAGGUCGCAGUAUCCUAUUCCUCAUUUGUUUUUUUUUAAAGAAAAAAAAACUCUCUGCAAGGUGAGGAGGCUUAAGCUUAUUGUGUAGUAUUAGAUUGUACAUAGUUAAAUCAAAGGUGUAAAUUAAAGUAUGUAGAAGAAUAAAAGAAAAAAAACAAACAAACAAAAAAAACUCUAAACUCCACAGCCUGUGCACUAGUGCCAGUCCGUUUGAUGGCGGUUUUUGAAAACGCUAAUAGCAGACAUGGCUAACAGAUACCACUGGAACACAACGCUGGUGGCCCUUCUGUCUGAAAUCUGUCUUGAAAUGGUAUUCUUACAUUUUUUUUUUUUUGCACUUAUUCCACUAGGGUCUGUUAUUUUUGACAACUGUGUGGUCACACUGACACCAAAAUCAUAUUUGUAGCAAAGUAUAUAAAUAUAUAUAAAAAAAUAUAAACCACAUUAAUGAUAUUCUUGGCCUUUUGUUUGCUAAGAGUUACCCUCAUAUCCUGCGACACGGAUAGAAAUUCCAACAUUCCCUGUUAAUGUAAUUUAAAAUUAGUUUUGAUCCGCACUUGAAGUUGCAUGUUCUUGUAGCUUAUGUAUAAACCAUGACAACUGGAUGGCUUCUGCUAAUGAUCAAAAAUGUAUGGAUAUAUCUAGAGUGUCUGAAAGAAACUUUCAUUAGACGUUCAUGGCAUUAUCUUGGCAUCUGGGUUUACCAUGUUUUGAUACCAAGAGUGAGUUGAUUUGAAUUGGUGAUUCUUGCUCGUUCAGUCUGUUUCCAUAGAGUUGUAUCGCUCAGUUUUGAUAUAAAAAAGAGAAGGACAGACAUAUCACUCAUACAAAUGUGCUGCAGAAUUUUCUACAAAAUUGGAUACCGGUGUUAAGUGCAUGGAAUCUUUUUCAAAAUCACUUCACCUUCUUUUGUGAGAAAGGCCAAUUCAUUUCAACACAGUGUUCCUCACAUCCCAUGCCUACCAAAGCUAGAGAAGAUUGGGAUUGAAGUCAAUUCCUAGGGAUAAGGAUACCAAUUUUUUUCGUCUCCUUUCGCUAAAUGUCUUUUUUUUCGUUUGUGUCUCAUCAAAAAUCCCCGUUUCACCUGAAUACCUCAGUUAAUUGCAUGCAUCUUCUCUUUGUCUUUUUUUUGGUGCUAUGUUGUUGUAUUAAGCUUGAAUUUCUCAUCUUUUUUUGCACUGUAACUAUAAUACCUCUUUUAUUUGACUUUUAAAUUAGUUUGAAAUCUGUUUGAUUAGGUUGUCUUGUUUGUCAGCCAUCAAGUCGUCGAGGUGAAUUGCAUUGUGUCAUCCCUUCCCCUUUCCGUACUUGAUUAUUUUUCGAUGGUGUGAGUGUCGCCUGCGACUCUUUCAACAGCUAUUUGUGUAUGUCGGAUAAAAAUCUGUUUUGGAAUUCUAGGCUUAAAAAAAAAAGAUGAGAAUCAGUGCUUGUAGAGGUAAUCAGAUUGCACUCAUACGUUUAAAAAUACUGCCCAAGUCGCAUGAUCCCACAGUAAUACUUCUACCUCAAAGGACAAGUGUGUGCUCAGUGCACUGUGAGUACUGUACCACAUACAUCUUGUAUACAGUACACAACACUGAUUUAACAGUCAUAAUAAUUAAGUUGUAGUAUUAGUCUCAGUUGAAAAGGAACUUGGCUGUAUGUUUUCAUCUUAUGAAAACCAGUAUUGAUUUCUGCAGCUUCAAGGUGGAAUAUAGUUUCUCACAGGGUCAAUACAUUUGUCUACAGUUAAAUUGGAUAGAAAUGGAUGCAACAUACUGCACUUUGCUAUGUUUCCAGACUCUGGCUUGCAUCAAAUAUCUAUUAUCUAUGAUCUAAAUGCGUUGACUCAAGUAUACAUUUUAGGACAUAUGGCUGCUCCAAUUAUAGUCAGGCUAAAAUAAAAAAUACUUGUUGCUUCUGCAAUGUUCUCCACACUAGCUGUAGAAAUCUGUGACUUUAUUAGGUUCUUUUUUUAAAUUCAAAAUCCAGCCAGAAUUCACUCAAAUCAGUUAAUUUUUUUUUAAUAUUUUGGUAAAAAAAAAAAAGUCAUAAUCAUGACAGCUAGUGCCAGUAAAGGCUGUUAUGCAUAUUGUAGCCGGUCACACAAUAUAUGCAUCAAGUUUUUCACAAGUCUUAAGAGGAGAAACUGCAGAAAUGACAGACCAGUAUUAAGCUUGAUCUUAUUUCUCUCCUUGUCUUCAGACUUUGAAGCUAAAAAAAUAAGAUUCCUGUGGAAGUAAAUCUGACGAUUUUACCUGGAUAUUUUGAGCUAGUCCCUCUUACAAUGUGUGUAAUUUAAUAUAGGUCUGCAAUGAUUAUUCAGUUAUAAAUCCAUUACUAAAUUAAUCAUCAACUUCUUCAUAGUCAAAUAAUUGGUCUCAGUGUUUUGUCCUCUGUUUUUCAGCUUCUUAAAUGUGAAUAUUUUCUGGUUUCUUUGCUCCAUAUAACACGGUAUUCAUUAAAACUGUAUAUUUUAGGAUUGAGCAACACUGUUCGAGAAGGCAGGCAAAUUAAUAAUUUCCUGAACUAACCAAGAGUUAACAUAGUAAACAACCCCAUUUUAAUGCAGCAUGUUUAUAUACAGUGUCCAGCUUUUCCUACAGUACUUGAAUGCAACUGCCAGACUGGCUACCAAAGCAGAGGCUCAAUAACAACCUGGCACAGGAGUGCAACCUCACAUCAGCCCUCUACUGUAUAUUUACAUACAACACUUUUGUCUCCUGAUGUCGUGUAAAGCAGAAUGUUGCAUAUAGCACCUUUUUUCUAACACUUUAAAAAAAACAAAACUAAAAAAAACCUCCUCAGAAUGAAACUUAAGUACGCCGUUCUUCAGGUUUUGGAGUGCAAUCUGUCAUUACUUCAGGUAACUGACCCUCUGUAUUGACCUUUACACACAAACCCUCAACACUUAGUUGUGCUGUUUGAUAUGAUUGUGGAGGAUGUGGCCGCACGCACACACACUCAUGGUCAUUCGCUGGCUUAACACACUCGUAAUCAGUGAAAUGCCAGGAGCAACAGAGGGAGGGAUUACUAAAACAAGAAACAAAUGUGAAAUCGCUCAUAUGGUGCCACACCCACUCUAUUUUUUGUUUGCAUUAUGAAACUAAGGGUCACGCAUAAUCUUGUCAGCCACAGGUGAUGUCAGUAUCCAACAUAUGUUUUUCUUUUCUUUUUUCCUGUAUUUUAUUUUGAAAGCAACGGUGGUGGUGUGUUGGAGUGCUGAAGAUUAGGUAGUCCUGUGUUAUUCAGAACGGACUACAUGUUCUACUGGCAGAGUUGUUUUUUUUUUUUUUUCCUUUUUGUACAUGUAGCACAAUUGAGCAUUGCACUUGGGCACCAUACUUUACCUCACGUCAGAGUGCGAAAGAUGGAGGAUACAGAAGUGUGUAUAUGAUGAUGAUGCCGCCGCCGUCAUGUUAAAGAGGACUUGUGGUUCAGUGUUCCUUGCUGUUUCAAUUGCUGGUACACACAGCCCUGUUUUAAAUGGAUAUGAGAGAAGGGGGGGUACAUAUAUGCCUGCAUGUUGACAUCUGAAAAAUACACUGAAAAAAAAAAUCUUUGAAAUUUGGGGGUAAAAAUUCUGACUGACAUCCUGCCUUAAACAUGUUUGGAACACUCUUUGGACUACUAUUGAUAUGGAUCAGUCAGUCCGGCAAAACUCCCAGCCUGUAUUCUUCUCCCUUGGUUCACCUUUAUUUGGAACUCAAAGGAAAAAUCCACUCAAAUACUGGAAUCGAUUUAGGGAGAGCGAUUAAUCAGGCCAAUAUUUGGCUUUGUUUUUUUUUUUAAAAAAAGAACGUCGACUGAUUAUUUUAUUUAUAUGCCAGUUAUUGCAAAUCGUACAGUUUUGCCCUCAGACACUUGGUAAACGUUAAGUCACUAACUUCAUCCUAUUUUUUUCCAAUGCAAGAAAACUAUAGUAUAUGCACCCACAAAAACGUAUAAAUUAUAGAAAAACCCAGAUGUGUCAACUUCUAAUUAUGACUGCAGACGUCAAAGCUAAAAUACCUAUCUCCCAGUUGUUUUGGAGCCUUUUAGUGGCUCGUAGUUGUCUUCAUUGGGCAAACGUCUAGACAAAUAUUUCCCCUGGUCUCCUCUCUCUCCUCGUCUGAAGCCUUUUUAGUCAAAGAACUGUCUAUUUCUACCGUAGACAUGUUGCUAUGCUGUUGGUGUACACCAAAGCAGCAUAACUGUCGAUUUGUGAUGUCAGGAAACUUGCACUAAACAGCCGGUUGUGAGUUUUAGGCAGGAGUGUUUAAUUGUUGUGCUCGUCACUUGAACACAGGAAAUAAAGCCCAUUUGAAGGCAGCAUAUUUAUCUGCAGGGUCAAAUAUUUCUAACAAGUCCUCGAAUGCAACUGUAGGAACAGCCAACAAAACAGAAGCUUGAUCAGCUGUGUAUUUAACAUGCCUGAUAUUUUCAAGAGGUUUUAGUUUUUUUUAACCUUUUUCAGAACAGAAGUAAUGUGGCCAAAAUGGAACUCAGCCCUAAUGUGUGUUCCUUUUGUAUACAAACAUGAUAUCACAACUAUUAGUGAGAUUUAUUGUUCAACACUGUCUCCUUUUUUGGAAUCCCAAAAUCUAUUUUACAGAAAGUUUUAGUAGACUGACGCUUCAAAACAAGACCCAGCCUCAAAUGUAUAUGACGCACAGUAGCUCUUUUACAAGUCAGGAGCGCACACUGCCAUCUCACCUCAUAAAAAUCUACGCCUGUUUCAGUCUCCGUCAUCUGAAGAAUGUUCUUAAGCCGUUUCUUGCUGUUUCACAGCCUUUUUCUGGCUGCAAGCGCAAGUUUGUGUCACUCGCUCUCCCACGCCAAAUUCCAUCGAGAAAAUGAGUGCUUUUUACAUCAAGACACAGGAGCUGUUGAUCCAUGUUCAAACGUGUUGUUUUAUAACUUAUGUCAGUGAUAAAAACUUGUGUAAAAAAGGCAGCAUUAGACCAACAGCUCCUGUAUCCCUGUGAACUUAAAAAAAAUAAUAAUUGCUCUAUAGACUUUGGUGCUGGAAAGCGAAUGGUUUACAAAGAGACACAAACUUCACUUUCCAGUCAGAAAAGGCUGCGAUAAAGCAGCAAACACACUUUAAAGAUAUCACAGACUUCAACAAGAAUAGAUUUUAUUAGAUGAGCCUUUUGUGAAGUGACUGGAAAUUAGUUUUUCCUUGAUUUAAUGCGUGUAGUCAUGUUUCUAGUGAGAGUGAGCAUGUGUCGGAACCUCAAAUAAAAAAAAACAAAACAACUAUUCCUAUGCAGAAUAAUAGACCUGAAUUUCUUGACAGAAAAACAUUUACAAAUAUAAACGUCCUUUAUAAGCUAUAUGAAGAACAGCACAGCUUUAUGCAGUAAUUAUAAGCAUAUUAGUCAUUUACUGUAUUUCUUCUGCCUGCAUUGAAUUUAACCCUAACCCUGUUUAUCCAAUGAUUUUGUGUUUUAAGCCACUUUAAAAGCUGAUUAGUAUCAAAGGGACAUGGUCUAUGGAGAGAUUUAGCUGUACGUUCAGUCAGUUACUGAUCUUAAAUUAGCUUUUCAUCUUCCAGUGUUUAAUGUUAUUUAAAGUUAUCUGUUGACAGCUGUUGGCUGCCAGCCAUUUUCAGAGCAGUGGUCGAAUUGACGUCUGUAGCAGUCAAUGGCAGCCGAUGAGUUAAAAAAAAAAAAACUACUACUACUACUUUGAUUGAGAGGCUGUUAAGACUGUCCAACAGUCUCCACAGCAGUGUAUUUGGGUGGAUUUUUCCUUUACGGAUCAGUCACACUGUGUGAAUGAUGCCGAAGAGACGGUAGGAUCGGGGUGGGAGGAGAAAUAUCAGUGUCCUAAUGCCAGCACGGAGAACUGACGGAGACUUUUUCUCACGCAGAACACCAGCAGAGCGGAGCUAAACUGAACCAGUGAUGGACUGUUGUCAGGAUAUGAGGAAUUAUGGGCCAUUACAACCUGCAGCAAAUGUUUAAGGGACAUAGAAUAAUAUGGAAUAGUUAAUGAACUACUCACUCAUACUGUAAUACCGUGCUGCAGUGGUUUGCGGUCUGCACCUUAUGGAUCACAAAUACCUUUGAAUUUUGUUUUUCUCUUCUUUUUUAAAAAAUAAUUGUAGCCCUGUAUAUCUACAAUAAAAGUAAUGGUAUGGUCAUUGAA